CUCCAGCGCGCUCUCUAGCUCGCUCUCAUUUUUUCCCUGCUGCUGCCGCCGGCGCCGCCAGGCGCCCGCACCUCCGCCGGCUGCGCUCGCUCGUCGCUCCCGCUCGCUCCCUGCCCAGCCCAGCCGGAGCCCUCGGCGGACCGGCUCCCGGAGCCCCUCGCCAGCCCCUCCGGCCCGGACGCCGGGCUCCGCGGCAGCAGGAGCAGGGCUCGCCGCCGCCCCCCAGCUCGCUCGCUCGCUCUCGCCGGAGCAGCAGCCGAACGCCGCGCGCUUAGCGGAGGAGGCUCCGGCCGGGUGGCCGCCGGCACAUCCCCGCUGCGUCCGGGACUCCAGGCGGCUCCGCACCGGGCUCCGUCCGCAGCGUCAGCGCCGCCCGCCGCGGCCGGGGUUCCGGGCUCCGCGAGAACCGAGCCUCGGGCCGCCGCCUCCCUGCGCCCCCGGGGCAUGCAGGCACGCAGCGGACCCCUCGCGGGGGCUUAAUCCUUGCUGGCGCGCGGUUGGUAGGAGGAGAGGGUCGGAGCCGUUUUCUCCUUGAUGCCAAGAUACGCCAAGCUAGGAGCGCUCUUCCCUCUCCACGGUCACCCGCCGAGGACAGGCCUGCAGGAGGGGACGAGGAUCGGAGCUUCCCUGCAGCCCCGGCCACCGCCUGCUGCCGUGGGCCUGCGCUGUGCGGCCGCUCGAGGAGGCGGGAGCGCGGCAGCAUGGUCCGAGCCGCCGGCCACCCUCGGCCGCCCCGCUGCUGAAGCCGCCCUGCCCGUGCACACCUGGGCCGUGGGGCCAGGGGCCUGCCAGGGCUAGGAGUGGGGCCUGCCACCCAUGGGUCUCUAGGGAUUUCCGAGAUGCCUGAGAAGACAGGCGUGGGCUGGUGGUGGGCGCAGCUGCCCCUCUGCCUGCUCCUCAGCCUCUGCAGCCCCUGGGUGCCUUCCUCCCUGGGGAAGCCCAAGGGCCACCCCCACAUGAAUUCCAUCCGCAUAGAUGGGGACAUCACGCUGGGAGGCCUGUUCCCGGUGCAUGGCCGGGGCUCCGAGGGCAAGGCCUGCGGGGAACUGAAGAAGGAAAAGGGCAUCCACCGGCUGGAGGCCAUGCUCUUUGCUCUGGACCGCAUCAACAACGACCCGGACCUGCUGCCCAACAUCACGCUGGGCGCCCGCAUUCUGGACACCUGCUCCAGGGACACCCAUGCCCUCGAGCAGUCGCUGACCUUUGUGCAGGCGCUCAUCGAGAAGGACGGCACGGAGGUCCGCUGCGGCAGCGGCGGCCCGCCCAUCAUCACCAAGCCUGAGCGCGUGGUGGGGGUCAUCGGUGCUUCGGGGAGCUCGGUCUCCAUCAUGGUGGCCAACAUCCUCCGCCUCUUCAAGAUCCCCCAGAUCAGCUACGCCUCCACAGCCCCCGACCUGAGCGACAACAGCCGCUACGACUUCUUCUCCCGCGUGGUGCCCUCGGACACGUACCAGGCCCAGGCCAUGGUGGACAUCGUCCGUGCCCUCAAGUGGAACUACGUGUCCACGCUGGCCUCGGAGGGCAGCUACGGCGAGAGCGGCGUGGAGGCCUUCAUCCAGAAGUCCCGCGAGGACGGGGGCGUGUGCAUCGCCCAGUCGGUGAAGAUACCACGGGAGCCCAAGACGGGUGAGUUCGACAAGAUCAUCCGUCGCCUCCUGGAGACCUCGAAUGCCAGGGCGGUCAUCAUAUUUGCCAAUGAGGAUGACAUCAGGCGUGUACUGGAGGCAGCGCGGAGAGCCAACCAGACAGGCCACUUCUUCUGGAUGGGCUCGGACAGCUGGGGCUCCAAGAUUGCACCGGUGCUGCACCUGGAGGAGGUGGCUGAGGGUGCUGUCACUAUUCUCCCCAAGAGGAUGUCCGUGCGAGGCUUCGACCGCUACUUCUCCAGCCGCACGCUGGACAACAACCGGCGCAACAUCUGGUUUGCCGAGUUCUGGGAGGACAACUUCCACUGCAAGCUGAGCCGCCACGCGCUCAAGAAGGGGAGCCACGUUAAGAAGUGCACCAACCGUGAGCGCAUCGGGCAGGACUCUGCGUACGAGCAGGAGGGGAAGGUGCAGUUCGUGAUUGACGCCGUGUACGCCAUGGGCCAUGCGCUGCACGCCAUGCACCGUGACCUGUGUCCCGGCCGCGUGGGGCUCUGCCCGCGCAUGGACCCCGUCGAUGGCACUCAGCUGCUGAAGUACAUCCGGAGCGUCAACUUCUCAGGCAUCGCAGGGAACCCCGUGACCUUCAACGAGAAUGGAGACGCGCCCGGGCGCUACGACAUCUACCAGUACCAGCUGCGCAACGGCUCCUCGGAGUACAGGGUCAUCGGCUCCUGGACCGACCACCUGUACCUUAGAAUGGAGCGGAUGCACUGGCCGGGCAGCGGGCAGCAGCUGCCCCGCUCCAUCUGCAGCCUGCCCUGCCAGCCGGGCGAGCGGAAGAAGACAGUGAAGGGCAUGCCCUGCUGCUGGCACUGCGAGCCCUGCACGGGGUACCAGUACCAGGUGGACCGCUACACCUGUAAGACGUGUCCCUACGACAUGCGGCCCACGGAGAACCGCACGGGCUGCCAGCCCAUCCCCAUCGUCAAGCUCGAGUGGGGCUCGCCCUGGGCCGUGCUGCCCCUCUUCCUGGCUGUGGUGGGCAUUGCCGCCACGCUGUUUGUGGUGGUCACCUUUGUGCGCUACAAUGACACGCCCAUCGUCAAGGCUUCUGGCCGCGAGCUGAGCUACGUCCUGCUGGCGGGCAUCUUCCUGUGCUACGCCACCACGUUCCUCAUGAUUGCUGAGCCCGACCUGGGCACCUGCUCGCUGCGCCGCAUCUUCCUGGGGCUGGGCAUGAGCGUCAGCUACGCCGCCCUGCUCACCAAGACCAACCGCAUCUACCGCAUCUUCGAGCAGGGCAAGCGCUCGGUCAGCGCCCCGCGCUUCAUCAGCCCCGCCUCGCAGCUGGCCAUCACCUUCAGCCUCAUCUCCCUGCAGCUGCUGGGCAUCUGCGUGUGGUUUGUGCUGGACCCCUCCCACUCGGUGGUGGACUUCCAGGACCAGCGGACGCUCGACCCCCGCUUCGCCAGGGGUGUGCUCAAGUGCGACAUCUCCGACCUGUCGCUCAUCUGCCUGCUGGGCUACAGCAUGCUGCUCAUGGUCACGUGCACCGUGUACGCCAUCAAGACCCGCGGCGUGCCCGAGACCUUCAACGAGGCCAAGCCCAUCGGCUUCACCAUGUACACCACCUGCAUCGUCUGGCUGGCCUUCAUCCCCAUCUUCUUUGGCACCUCGCAGUCUGCGGACAAGCUGUACAUCCAGACCACGACGCUGACCGUGUCGGUGAGUCUCAGCGCCUCGGUGUCCCUGGGAAUGCUCUACAUGCCCAAGGUCUACAUCAUCCUCUUCCACCCGGAGCAGAACGUGCCCAAGCGCAAGCGCAGCCUCAAAGCCGUUGUCACCGCGGCCACCAUGUCCAACAAGUUCACACAGAAGGGCAGCUUCCGGCCCAAUGGCGAGGCCAAAUCCGAGCUCUGCGAGAACCUGGAGGCCCCAGCACUGGCCACCAAACAGACGUAUGUCACCUACACCAACCAUGCAAUCUAGCUGGGCCACGGAGCUGCGAGGGAGGAGGAGCCACGACCCUGUGGACGGCGCAUCGGCCCAGGGCCACUCUCAAGGGCCCAGCUGAUGUCCAGCCUGCCCGUGGGUGUCCACGGACGUGGCUUGGUGCUGAGGACAAAAGAGCCCCGGCUGUCACUGCUGGGCAGCCUGGGCAAGCCAGGUGGGCGACAGGAGGAGGACGAGGGGCUGGCAGCUCCAGGCCACCACAAGAGCCUGUGUCUCGAACCGUUGCCCCUCCUGGCUGCAGACCAGGGGCUUGGGUCGUGCAGGCCCCAGUGCUGGUUCUCUCCCUCCCUCCAUCUCCGUCUGUGCUUCUGUGCCAGGGCGACCUUCUCAGUCUGUCUCCAGGCCCCGGUCUUUAUGUUCCGUUACCUCUGUUCUAGGCUUUUCUGCGUCUGCUCUUCCCGGCUCUUGCCUCUGCCUCCUCUUCCUCGUCCUCUGUCUCAGCUCCUCCUGCUUUCUCCUGGGUUCCAGCUAUGUCACUCCGCUCAUGCCUUUUUCUUUCUUGUCCUUGACAUCAUUUCCGUCUAGCCUUCGCUCCCCUCUCCCUACCACCCUUUUCCAAGUCACCAAAUCUUACAUGUCACAAAAGAGAAAAAAGGAAAAAAAAAGCAAAACACAAAAACGCCAAAACAAAAACAAAUCUUGAGUGUGUUGCCAAGUGCUGCGUCUUCCUGGUGGCCUCUGUGUGUGUCCCCGUGGCCCGAAGCCUGCCGUCUGCCGUGUGUCCUGCCCGCCUGCCCGCCUGCCCCUCCUGCCAACCACACAGAGUUCAGUGCCUGGGUGUUUGGUGAUGGUUAUUGAUGACAAUGUGUAGCGCAUGAUUGUUUUUAUACCAAGAACAUUUCUAAUAAAAAUAAACACAUGGUUUUGCA